AUGCAUACACAAAAUAACUAUAUCAGAAAAAUAAGUAUUCCUUCUUCAGUAAAAGUACAAUUUGAACAAAACACUUUACUUGUGGAAGGACCGUUAGGUACUUUACAUAUUGAUAUUUCAUUAUACGAUCCUUCUAAUUUAAUGAAUUUACAAGUUAAAGAAAAACCUAUAUCUCAAAUAGUGGUACAAAGCUAUUAUCAGUAUGCAAAACCAAUGAUGAAAACUUUUUCAACAAUUCUAGAAUCAUCAAUAACAGGUGUGACACAAGGACAUAUGAUGCAAUUAGAAGCAGUUGGAGUUGGUUUUAAAAUUUCAUGUACCCCUACCCAUGUCCAAUUUAAAGUUGGUUUAAGUCAUACAGUUUCUUGUCUUAUUCCGAAUGAUAUUCGUAUGUUUACACCGAAACCUACGCAAUUAGUGAUAUUUGGAAUUGAUAAACAACGUGUUUCACAAGUCCUUGCACAACUACGUUCAAUUAGAAUACCUGAACCUUAUAAAGGAAAAGGUUUACGUCGAAAAACGGAUAUUAUUUUACGUAAAGAAGGGAAAAAAAAGUAA